AUGGAGCGCGACGGACUUUCCAGCGCGGAUCAGAAGCUGAUCCGGGAGAGCUGGCAGAAAGUGGGCACCAGCCCCCUGGAGCACGGCACCGUCCUGUUCACCAGGCUUUUUGAUUUGGAUCCAGAUCUGCUGCCCCUUUUCAAGUACAAUUGCAAGAAGUUCUCCACUCCUCAAGAAUGCCUCUCAUCACCUGAGUUCCUGGAGCACAUUAGAAAGGUAAUGCUGGUAAUUGAUGCAGCUGUAACUCAUUUGGAGAAUUUGCAUUGCCUGGAGGAUUACCUUGCUAAUCUUGGCAGGAAACAUCAAGCAGUUGGUGUCAAGAUUGAGUCCUUUGAGGCUGUAGGGGACUCCUUGCUCUAUAUGCUGGAGAAAUGCCAUGGUCCUGCCUUCAAGCUGAAUGUGCGUGAAGCCUGGACAAAGCUCUAUAGCACUGUGGUGAAAGCCAUGAGCUGUGGCUGGGAUGUUCGCAGAAAGGCGGAAUAAUGUCUGAUCGAGAU